UGGUUCAAGAAGGAAAAUUUUACUUUGAUUUAAUGAAGAAGCACGGAGUUGAGCCACGAGAUCAACAUUAUGCUUCCCUUGUGGACUGCCUUGGACGAGCUGGAAAAUUGCAAGAGGCCGUUCAAGUUGUUGAGGAGAUGCCGAUGCAACCAACAGAGUCUGUUUGGGGAGCUCUAUUGACUGGCUGUAGAAUCCACAAAAACACGGAAUUGGCAGCUUAUGUGGCCGACAGUGUCUUUGAGUUAGGUCCUGUUAGCUCAGGCGUACAUGUGCUACUGUCCAAUGCAUAUGCUGCUGCUGGUAGAUAUCAAGAGGCCGCCAAAGCAAGGAAAAUGCUUAGAGACAGAGGUGUGAAAAAGGAAACUGGUUUGAGUUGGGUGGAGGAGGGAAAUAAAGUCCACACAUUUGCUGCUGGCGAUAGAUCUCAUUCGAAGUCUAAGGAGAUAUAUAAGAAGUUGGAUGAAUUAGGUGAUUACAUAGAGCAAGCUGGGUAUGUUGCAGACACAAACUAUGUAUUGCAACAGGUAGCUGGCCAGGAAAAGAGUGAAACUAUCAGGUAUCACAGCGAAAGAUUAGCCAUUGCUUUUGCACUUAUCACCUUUCCACCUGAAAGGCCUAUUAGAGUUAUGAAAAACUUGCGUGUAUGUGGAGAUUGUCACAAUGCAAUAAAGUUUAUUUCUAAGUGCACCAGAAGAGUAAUUAUAGUGAGGGAUAACAAUCGAUUUCAUCGCUUUGAGGAUGGGAAAUGCUCAUGUGGUGACUAUUGGUGACAAAUAUAGUCACCCAUAUGCAGGCAGGAAUCGGAUCCCAACUAUUCUUCUCACUUGCACUUCUUCUCACCUUAUUCCAGCAUGACAGCAGGUCCUUGGUGCUAUUUGGUAUGACCCAAUGUAUCCCUGUUAGAGCUAGGAAUAUGUUCCAAAUUUGAGCAGUCACUAUGCAGUGUAAGAACAGGUGACUAUUAGUUUCUGCUUUUCUUCCACAUAGAUGACAUCUUGAGCACAAUUGCACACCUCUUUUCUUCAAAUUGUCCUGUGUUAAACAUGCCUGUUUAACUACCAACCAAACAAAACAUGCCACUUUGUAAGGGAUUUUGACUUUCCAUAUGUGUUUCCAUGGCCAAAGAUCAGUCAUUAU